AUGUCAUUUAAUCAUGUUCCUUGCUUUGGACAUGUUUUAAAUACUGGUGUUACAAAUGUAUUUUCCUUCCAACCUGUUAAAUAUUGUACUGAAAAUGCAGUAAAAGUAAGAUCGGUUUUCCACUACAGUUCCAAAAUGAAACGUGCAUUAUUAAAUGAACAGACAAAUUUAGAUCUUCCUCCUCUAGUUCGACCGUCUUCGUCUGACACUCGUUGGUGGUCACUACUUCCAUGUUUAAACUUUUUAAAUACACAGAAUGAAGCGUUGAAAAAAAUUUUAAUAUGCACUAAACACCAACAAAUUUUACCCACUUUUAACCAGUUGAAGUUAAUUGAACGUAGUAUAUUACAUUUAAUGGUUCCUUUAAAACAGUUGGGUGAAGCUUUAGCAUCAGAAACUAAUGUUACCAUUUCAGGAUUAUGGCCAGUAUAUGAGCAACUAAAAUUAAAUUUAAAUAAAACAGAAAAUAUAGUACAUAAUUGUCAUAAUUCUAUACAAUGUGCUAAUUUAGAAACGGAUAGUGUUCAACUAUUUGACAACACUGAAGACAUUCAUUUUGAUAAAAAUAUAUUGCCAGAAGAAUCUUCUACUUUUUUUUCUCAAAUAAAUUAUAAUACCGAAGAAGAUGGUGAUACAGAUGAAACUUUAAGUAUAGAACUAUCGCAAGCACUCAACCACGUAGAACACUUAAAAACAGAUACUAUAUUUGAAAAAUCAUCUAAACGCUACUUUGAAAACUUUAAAACAAAACAAUUGAUACAAUUAGCAUCGUUUUUAGAUCCCAGAUAUAAAGCAUAUUGUUUGAAUGAUUGUGAUUUAAGUAUUAUAAAACAAUUCCUAAUAGAAGACUUGAAAAAUCUGGGGAUCAAUCAGGAGAAAUAA